AUGUCGGAUUCUGUGGAUCGAGUCUUCGUCCACGCCCUCAACACCGUUAAACGCAUCCCCCGUACCGGCACCGCCCGGCCGCCGGCCUCCGAGCGAUUGAAGCUCUAUGGCCUGUACAAACAAAGCAUGGAGGGCGACGUGGAGGGGGUGAUGGAUCGACCGGUCGGGAAUACGGCGGAUGUGUAUGCGGAGUGCGAGAAGUGGGAUGCAUGGUUCGCGCAACGCGGAUUAUCCCGCACCGAGGCCAAACGCCGAUACAUCUCCACGCUCAUCGAGACGAUGCACCGCUAUGCGUCGCAGACGCCCGAGGCCCGCGAGCUGGUUUCCGAGCUCGAGUUCGUCUGGGACCAGGUGAAGAUCAAUACCUCUGCCGCGUCCUCCGCGUCGAGUAGUAGUAGUCCCGUGCAGGCUGUCGCCCCGCCCUUGUCCCUGUCCCAGCCCAGCUACGCCAGUAUCGGGGGUCGCUUGGCUCGCCCCGACUAUGAACAUUUGGUGGCUACGGCGCGCGGCGACUCGCGGUUACGCGUGCUGAGUCCGGUUAGUCAACCGGAGGAGGUGUUUCAGCGGCACAGGUCCCGUGGGGAUCCGGUACCGGAGGAGGACGAGGAGGAGGAGGAGGACGAGGAGUAUGCGGAGGCGCAGGAUAAUCUUGACGAAGAUGAUGACGAUCAUGACCAUGACGAUGGCUCUUAUAACAAUGGCCCCGCGGAGGGGAGUGAGCUGGACGCGGAUGAGGCGGUUCUACGCGGUCGUGGGCGGACGGGCCCCAAGAAACCCCCCGAUGUCGAUAGUCGGCGGUGGCGGCGGCGAGUCGAGCAGGCCUUGACGAAGAUGACCGCCGAGAUUGCGGCGGUUCGGGAGCAGAUGGAAGCCCGCGCGGUGGCCCAUCGGCGGCGGAAUAGCGUCUGGGCGUGGCUGAAAUGGCUCGUCUGGGUCACGCUCCGCCAGGUCAUCUGGGACCUGGCAAUCCUGGGGAUGCUGCUGAUCUGGAUGCGGCUUCGCGGGGACCGGCGACUGGAGAGUAAGCUCAAGGUCGGGUGGGCUGAGGUGAAGACGCGGUUGUUGAAGUUGAAAGGUCUUCGACGGUUGUCCAAGGUACAUAAAUGCCCUUAG